AUGGAUUAUACCCUGUGUAUGAGGUUUAAUAACUUGAGAAACUAUUUACCCGAUGACUUAAGCAAAGCUAAAAAUAGUGAUAUUCAUAUAUUAGGGGAUAUUAAGAAUUAUUGCUCUAAUGGAGAAUCAGAGGGAACAGGAUGUAAGACUGAUCUCGAUAAGAUAAAUGGUGCUUGUCUAUGGUUGUUCGACCAAUUGCUUUUGAAAAAUAAACAUAAUAUCAACAUGGCUGAAUACAUUAUUAUAUGGUUAAUUUAUAUGUUAAACCUAAAAAAUGAUAAAAAAAUCAACAAUUUUAAUGACUUUUAUACUUUUUAUAUAGAAAAUAAUAGGUAUUAUAUUAACUGUGAUAGUAGGGGUAAUGAUUGUAGUGAUAAAUUAAAAGAAAUAACGAAAUAUACAAAUUAUAAGGAAAUAAUAGAUACAAAAAAGGAAUUGUUGAAUAUUAAUUUUGAGAAUGUGUCUAAAUUGUAUGAUGCAUUUAAAUUAUUAUGUAACAUGUAUACUGAAAUUGGUGGAAACGACACAACAAAUAAGAAAUAUUUAGAAAAUGCUAAAAAAUUUGUUGAAAAAUAUAAUGAACUUAACGAUCCUAAUAAUACUAAAGAUAACGCCUAUUAUCAAGUAUUGUCUACAUUAUCAAAUGAUUAUAAAAAUUUUAAAAGUUAUUGUAAGAAAUAUACAUUUAAUUGUGAUGAUAUUCCACCCCUUCUAGAUAUAAAAACAGCACAAAAUCCUGUAGAAAGUUCUGAACCGAGUUUUGAAUCGAGUUCUGAAGUUACACCAUCAAGUUCGUCGAUAACAAACAAAUUAAUUCCAGUUUUAUCGAUAAUUGUUGCAAUACCAAUAUUCUUGGGAAUUUUUUAUAAGUAUUCGUUAUUUGGAUUUCGGAAACGAACCCAAAAACAACAUUUAAGAAAAAAACUAAAAAAAUAA